GCUGAAGAUAGGUAAGCAAGUUUGUUUGACAGCGUCUUUCAAAGUUAGAAUUUCGAAUUUUAUAAUUGUUUUGUUUAGAUUAUAUAUUUAAUUGUUUUAAUUAAUUACAAUGCCUAAAAGAAGGAGGUUAUUUACGCCAUUAAAGAUUAGGACUGCAAAAUCACCACACAGUAGUGAUGUCAGGGAAGUGGCCACCGCCCGUGGGAGGUUGAAAGGAGCUUUGAUGGAUGUCCUGGACCCGACAGCUGAUGAAUCUGAUGCGUCAUCAGACUAUGCCCCAGAGAAAAGAGACAGCCAAGAAUACAGGUCAGAUGAUGAAGACAGGUACAAAAGGAAGAGGUCUCCGCACCGACAGUCCUAUGUCCUGAAGCUGUUUGAUCGAAGUGUAGACCUCUCGCAGUUUAGUGAGGAGUCCCCCUUGUAUCCUAUUUGUAGAGCCUGGAUUGUUAACCAGCCGAGAGCAAACUAUAGUGCACUUGGGAAAAAAGAAGAGACUGAAUCACAAUCAGAAACCUUGGAGUUGCCUGGACCGGAAGGACCACAUGUGUCUAAGAUACCUUCCUUAUUACCUGAGCAACAGAAGGCAGACAAAAAUAAUAUAAACUUAAACUAUCGUGAAGCUCCACCGCCGACGAAGGAGCAGCUCCUAGCUUCACAUUCGUCUCGCUGGGUGGCGGUGCGACGAGCUUGGUUAGAGCAAGCCGCUAAAGUGGAGGCGCGCUACGAAAACACACAGCAAGUUCUAAAUAAGAUUAAUGUCAAGUAUGUAUCCGCAUAAUUACAUUUGCAUUGAUAUUGCUUUUGAAAUACUCAUUGUUUUCGUUGUCUUUCUUGUGUCAAAGAAAUGAUUAAUAAUCUAGAUAUUGUGUUGCUAAUUGUCUAUACAUACAUAUUUGGAAUUUUGUUUUAAAACUAGAUAACAUGCUCAUGAUUAUUUGUACUAUAGGCUAAAUACACAAUUCUUUUAUUUUCAGUGCCAUCUAAUCACCAUUGCUGUCAAGACAAGAUCUAACACUAUUCACUCAAAAAUUUUGAUUUAUUUACAAAUAUUUUAUACUAAGUACUUUGAUUAAAAUCCAAUCAUGUUGAUUUGACGAAAGUGUGAAAAUGAAACAAUAAGAGUUUUUAUAGUGAUUUAUUGUAAAUAUAAGAUUAUAGUGAUUUUAUCAAUCAUGCACUUUUUCGUUUCUUCUUACUUUGUACCUGUAGCUGUGGGCAGUCUGACUGCUUAUGUCCUUUCUGUUUGCAGUUAAAGCACGACUGU